GUGAAGUGUCCGUCACCAUCAGCAUUGAGCUGCCCGUUGUCCUCAUUGGAGAGCAAGUGACGCUGUCCUGCCAGCUGGCAGACGGCAUCCCCGUGAACACGAGCGUGCUUUGGUACAAAACAGAAAAGGGGAGGGAUGCUCCGCUGUGCUCUUCCUCCAGCGUGGGUGGAGUGGUGGAGCAGUGCCAGGACGAAGAGCAGCGGAGGAUUGUGGGACACUGGCAGAGAAGAGCACUUCUAUUGGUUAUCCGGCGUGUGCAAAUAGCCGACGAGGGGACGUAUGUUUGUGCAGUGAACGGCAGCGUUGUCACGCAGGAGGUUACGACUCGCCUUGAGGUUACGGCGAUGGGGUAUAAGCCAACACUGGACAGGGAUGUGCAAGAGGAGAGGAUGUGUCGCUACACGUGUAAGUCGAAACAAUGGUACCCCAAGCCUGACGUGAUUUGGAUGAACUACGGAGGAGACACAGUAAAUGUGGAGGCCAAGACCAACGUCACCUGGAGCGAUAGAGACCAUUUCACGGUGCAAAGCAUCAUCACGGUGCCUUGCGAUAACGUAGACGUGGUGUGCGUAGUCAAACUCACCAAAUCCAAGCUAAGCCGGCCAGGUUCCAUGAACGAAAUUAUCGCGCCACAGUCAAACACUUGCACAUACAAGGGCAGAAUAAGAGGUUCCUACGUAAAGCCCGAAGUGAUGUGGGUUAACCCCCAAGGAGAAGAUUUAUCUUCACUGGCCCAGACAAGCAUUCUCCACGAGAUGGACAAUAUUUUUGCAAUCGAAAGCUCCAUUGAGAUACCCUGCGGACAACCCCCUCCUUCUUUUGUGGCCACUGAUAGGGAAUGCAACCCACAGAUUGCUCAGCAGUCAGAGAACCUGGAGAAGGAGAUUGUGGACUGGUUUGUAAAUUGUGGUUCUUGGCCUGACUUGGUGUCUUCUUCUCUUGCUGCCCACGGCGACCUGGCAGAGAACCUGCGUGCCAAGGACGUGGAUCAGAGGAAAGAAAUCG